CGCGCCGAGGGGCGGGGCCGGCACGUCCCGGGGCGGGGAAAGCCCCUCAGGUGAAGGUGGGAGGGGCGCUGCCAGAAAACAUGGAUUAUCGCAGCGCAUCCAGCGAAACCGAUACCUGCUGCCAGCGCAUUUCUGGCCCUGACUAUCCAAGGGCUGCACAGCCACAUGCUUAGUUAACAUGAAGAUGGAGGACUAUGAAAUAUUCUGUAGGAAGCAUCUUUCCAGAAUCCAAGAAGAGGCAAUAAAAAAAGAAACCUCUUUCACUGUUCAGCACAAAAAUACCUCCCUCAUUCAAUUCCAUGGAGUUCCUGUGCUUUCCCCUCUGCUUAGCCUUGAAAAGAAAAAGGAAAUACAGCAGUAUAAACAGAAAGCACUGGAUCUAGAGGCCUGGAGACAGAACUCCCGAAAAAGAGCUUUAUUGAAUCGUGUCCAGGAGAUUCUGGAAAAUGUUCAGAUCAGGAAAGAACCUAGCAUGAGUUAUGUGAAUGCACAGGAGGCUGAAAAUACUUUCCCUGAUUCAGAUUCAAAAGCUUCAACUGAAUUCACAGCUCUGUCAGAUGUCAAUGUGGCAUGUUCUCCUGAAAGGCAUGGUUCCACGGAGCUUAAAAAGACACCAGAACUUAUGCCAGCAGACACUGCAGGGCAGGUGACACCAAAUGUGGCAGAAGUAGUUAAAGCAGCAGAAGAAAAUGUCUUUUCAAAGCAAACUGAGAGUCACUUCUCAAAAGACAUACCUUGUCCAAGGGCUGAAUCUCCUGACAACAUGCAUGAUAAGCUUGCGUCGCAUGCUUUGCAAAAGCAAGAGGGACUAGGAGUGCCACCAUCCGAUGAGGAAGUCCAAGAUCCAUAUGUCAUGAGUCUUCAGAACCUGAUGAAGAAAUCUAGGGAAUGUAUAGAGAAAGAGCAGACAAAGCGUAGCUCAAAAAAUAAUUCAAAGAGAAGUAUGAGUGAAAGUCAUUCAGAUAAAGAAAAUGACGGCGUUAAAACAACGGACUCUGUGAAAGAAAGAGUAAAGCUCAUAGGCAGAAGUUGCACCACUCUGACGCUUGAUAAACCCAGUCUUAAUAAAUCAAAUACCCUUCUCCAAGGUGCCUCUACUCAUACAAGUAACACAAGUAUGUCAACUUUAUCCAGUUUUUCUAAAGUGGACAUACCAAUGAGAGUUGGAACACCCCCAUUCGUGGAUUCAGAUUCGGACGAAGAAUUUAAAAAGACUUCUAUGUUUGAUCGUGACAGUAGCAUUGUCAGGAGCCUCACGGGCUCUUAUGCCAAAUUGCCGAGCCCAGAGCCAAGCAUGAGCCCUAAAAUGCACCGAAGGCGCCCGAGACCUUUAUCAAUGGGGCACAUUGUUAUAAAUAACCCUGUGAAUGCUUAUGAGUUAAGUCCUAAAGGCAAGGGUAGAGCGAUGGAUUUAAUCAUGCAAGAUAUUGCUGAUAAAAAUAAUGUGUCUGAAUCAGCACCAAAGUUCAUGGUGGACUUCACUAUGGUUUGCCCUAGCAGAGCUCCUGGAAUCAACAGGAAUUCUUCAGGCCCCUGUGAUGGGCUGAGGGUUGGCAAACCAAAUCGCCAUUCCUUUGGGCUCUUCGAAAGCAAAGGAACAUUGUCGGCUACAGUGGAAAGACAGGUAGUGACGGACAGCAGAGGGCCAUAUAAAGUAGAGACUAGCACUAAUAUUGUAGCUCCAAAAUUGAAUGAGCCAUUUGCCAUCAGUCAGUCUACAGUAACGCAGAAGGUCCUCACUGUGAAUGAAACCAAACCAUCUAGUUUGCUAGAAAAUACUAAAUGUAAUUCUCCAAUAGAACUCAAUAAAUCUUACGAUGUAGAAAACCCAUCCCCCCUACUAAUGCAGAGCAAGAGUAUGCAAAAGCAGAUGGACACUCCGAGUAUUUCCCCAGCAAAUGAGCAGUUUCUAGAAAAUAAUUUUGAAAAGGUAAAACGUAGACUUGAUCUGGACACUGAGAACUGCCAAAAAGAAAACACUCCCUGUGUUCUAACAGUUGGAAUGGAAGAACAAGAGAAGCAGUGGUUACAAGAACAGAAAUAUCCUGUGGGAUCAGUUUACAUUACCAAGAAUACAGCCCCUGAUAGUAUUGCAAAAGAAGAUAUUUUAAAAACUAAAAUGUUGGCCUUUGAAGAAAUGAGGAAGAGACUUGAAGAACAGCAUGCACAACAACUGUCGAUUCUGAUAGCUGAACAAGAGAGAGAACAGGAGAAAUUGCAGAAGGAACUGGAAGAGCAGGAGAGAAAGUUGAAAGGAAAGAAGGUCGCUACAACAGAAAUAGAAAUUUCCAAAGUGAAUAUUAACAGCAGGAUGGAGUUGGAGUGGAGGAAAAAAAGCGAAAGUGGCUUCCUGGAAAGUGUGCAGUCUCAGCUGGAGACAGUCCAUAAUGCAAACUCUACCAGCAUUGGUUUUGCUCAUACUACGACACCUAAUACCUUUGCUUCAACAAGUGAAACUUCAUUCUUUCUCUGGGGACCGUCAGGUAGUGGAGUUAUAAAAACCUCAGUAUCUAGGCCGAGUAACAGGAUCAAAACUAGGUGGACUCAGGUUUUCAGUCCAGAGAUACAAAUGAAGUUUGAUAAGAUCACUGCUGUGGCAAAGGGGUUUCUCACUCGUAGACUCCUGCAGACAGAAAAACUGAAACAUCUUAAGCAAACUGUAAAAGAUACUGUGGAGUUCAUAAAAAAUUUUCAGUCUGAAGCACCAUUAAAAAGAGGAAAUGUUUCAGCACAAGAUGCGUCCCUUCAUGAAAGAGUAAUGGCUCAGCUGCGAGCUGCUCUAUAUGACAUCCAUGACAUCUUUUUUACGAUAGAAGCAUCAGAAAGAAUGAAUAUUCUGCGUCAUGAUCGUGAAGUUCGUAAAGAGAAGAUGCUCAGGCAAAUGGAUAAAGUAAAGAGCCCAAGAGAGAGAGUGACGCUUUCAACAGCUACACAGAAAUCCCUGGACAGGAAAAAGUACAUGAAGGCCUCAGAAAUGGGAAUGCCAAGUAAAAAAAUAAUCAUAAAACAAAAAACUCCUGAAAGCCGCGUACUUCAACCAAAUCAAGGACAGAAUGCCCCACUUCAUAGACUGCUCUGCAGACAAGGAACCCCUAAGACCUCAAUGAAGGGGGUUCAGCAAAAUAGAAAGAAGGCCCCAGAGAGCAGAGUGUCUAACAAGGCUGUUUCAGGAGCAUAUGCAGGAAGAACCCAAAGAAAGAAGCCAAAUGUUGUGACAAUUUAAGAAGACAGCAUUCACUGGGAUAAAAUGACUAUUUUUUAAUGAUGGCAUUCUCAGCACUGAUUCAAAUAUUUCAUCUUCUUUAUGUAUAUUUAGAAAUUAUAAACAUACUUUGUCAUUUCCAGACAAUGACACAUUAAUACAAUCUGGCCUGGGAAGCUCUAAUAGUUGUGGAAAAAUUGCAUGUUAAAGCUUAUUAUAUAUUCAUACUACUGUGUACACAUAAGAUUCAUAAUCUUGUUUAUUUAAAGACCACCAGAGGGCAACAUUAAGUUAUUUUGUGACUUAUUAAUUCUUGUGUCUGACAUACGCUUUUUGCAUUACUUAAAAUUGCAAUUUCUGUGUAUGAUUGCCACCAUAAAUUAGUUGUGUGUAUAUAUUUUCAGUUUCAUGAUAUAAAGUUAAAGCAGUUAAAUAAGAAAAAACAAGAACUUAAUUCAAACAAAACUGAAUUCUUACACCUGAAUUUGUCACCAGCCUUUUUGAAUGUACUUUCUAUAUGAAUGAGAUUUACUUCAAUUUAAAUACUAAUGACUUAAAUGUUUUGCAUUUCUGCUGAGUUGGACAGACACGGAUCUGGAUUAACUGGUGGGCAGACAGACGUAUUUUCAAUUGACUGUACUGAAACUGCACAUUUAUACACAUGGUAGAUGAAAUCACUGUGCUGAAAGAGUCCUAGGAUUAUUUUUUUCCUUGCUGUCUACUGUAUUUUCUUAUGGAAACUACUUUUGGGCAAGAUAAAGAGAAGUGCAUGCUCUACAAAAAUUUCGGAAGGCAAGAUUUUAAUUGUUUUACCAUUUCAGACUUAAAAACGAUUGUCCAUAAUAGUAAUUCAGAUAUUUUAUGUUUUGUUGAUGACAAUUGCAAUUUUUCUGAGCAGUUUCUCUUCUACCGUGAUCUAGGAGGCGCCAUUGUACUGAAAUCAUGAUUUUUGGAGGGGGAACCCUACCAAAUCCCAACAAACACACUCUCAUAUUCAUAAAAAUCUAACAUUAAAAGAUCAUAAUUUACCUUGCUCUUCCUACAUCUGAUGGGUAUUAUCCUUCAACUUGAGGGGAGCAGAAUUUUGUAACGUCUUUUAAAGAACUUGACACAUGAUGUUACGUUCAGAGUCCGAUAGAGAAAAGGCAGGCUCUGUAAGUCUUUGCAGUCCUUACUCUUUUGCUCUGCAUCAGUAGUAGCAGAGAACUGACUACCGGAAUGUGAAAUAGGUUAUAUUUUGUGAUGUUUCCAGUAUCGGUACAGUACAACACCCUCACUUUGGAAAGCUUGUAACAUGUUGACAUGGAUAUAAGGGAAAAAAAACAAAAAAAGACUGACCAAAAAUUUUGUUGUGUUAAAUAGUCAGCAUGAAAGAGGAACAUUAAUGGUGGGAUGAAGAGAGUAUCUCUGCGGGCAGUGGCAUUGCUUGUGGCACUAGUUGUGGCUUUUAUCUACCACCCCGUCUGCCCUCUGCAGCUAGUGACAUUGUUAAAAACAGAUGUUUUUAUUUUUACUGUUACUGGGUAACAGUAAGUUACCCAAAUUGCGUACUUGGCAAAUGGCAAAAAUGCUGCCUAAACACUUUUAAGAAUUACGCUCUUUACUGUGGCGUUUAUUUGAAAGCUUGGGGGAUGGCUCACUUAAUAGUGUAAAUUUAGGAGUUUACACCAGUGGGGGACCUGCCUCCUGCAUGCAAAUAGGAUGGUGCUUUAAAAUUUCAGACAUAAUACAGACAAUGCCCCAGGUGAGCUUCCCACUCGCCCAGCAGGCGUCGAGGCUGUUCCGGUUCCCAGCUUUCCUUCAGGGUGGAAAACCUCUCAAGUGGGGGAAAAGUUCCAGUGACAGGAGUAACCGCUGUCACAGGUGACAAAAUGUGCCGUUGGUACAACAGUGCUAAAGAUUGAUGGGUUUUAAAAGAUGUUUUAUGUGCUGUGAUUAUUAGCAUAGGCAAUAUUGAUGUAAAAAUAGGUUUAGCUGAAGUGUUGGUAUAAAUGAAUGCUCACCUUCUUUUCGGGUUUCACAUCUAAACCUCUUUAAGCAUGCUUCCAAUACGUGUAAUAAAACAUCAUAGCAUGAGGCUUUUUUUUUUUUUAAACUUCCACGAGGCCUUUUUCUUGGUAAGUGCCAAUUUGUUUUUGUACUUGAUGUUUUGUAUUUAUACAUAUUUAAUUUUGUCUUUUUAUUUUGUGUGGAACUGUAAUAUCAUUAUAAAAGUGUAUUUAUUUUUGUACUUUAUUUCAUUUUCAUUGGUCUUGCUUU